UAAGUAAGCCCAAAAAGUCCAGUAAGCAGUUGCUUGUUGAAAGAAAACUAGGGUUUUGCAGUAAUAUAGAUUCACCUUCCUCUUCUUCCGAACCCCCACCCCCCGUCUGAAAGCAGCUCUAAUCUCUCAUUCUCAAGAUGGCUGUCGGUAAGAACAAGAGGAUUUCAAAGGGAAAGAAGGGAGGAAAGAAGAAGGUGGCCGAUCCAUAUGCUAAGAAGGAUUGGUAUGACAUUAAGGCACCAUCAGUUUUUGAAAUCAAAAACGUUGGCAAAACCCUGGUCACUAGGACUCAGGGUACUAAGAUUGCUUCAGAAGGACUAAAGCACAGAGUAUUUGAAGUCAGUUUGGCUGAUCUUCAGAAGGAUGAGGAUCAGGCUUACAGGAAGAUCCGCUUGAGAGCAGAAGAUGUGCAAGGGAGGAAUGUCCUCACAAACUUCCAUGGAAUGGACUUCACAACAGACAAGUUGAGGUCUCUGGUGCGCAAGUGGCAGACUUUGAUUGAGGCUCAUGUGGAUGUCAAGACUACAGAUAGCUAUACUCUUAGGAUGUUCUGCAUUGCUUUUACAAAGAAGCGUCCAAACCAGCAGAAGCGUACAUGUUAUGCUCAGAGCAGCCAGAUCCGUCAGAUCCGUCGCAAAAUGGUUGAGAUCAUGAGAAACCAAGCAAGUUCCUGUGACCUGAAGGAGUUGGUAGCUAAGUUCAUCCCUGAAUCAAUUGGUAGAGAGAUUGAGAAAGCUACUUCAAGCAUUUUUCCACUCCAAAAUGUUUAUAUUCGCAAAGUCAAGAUCCUCAAGGCCCCUAAAUUCGAUCUUGGCAAGUUGAUGGAGGUGCAUGGCGACUAUUCAGAAGAUGUUGGUGUGAAGUUGGAUCGACCAGCUGAAGAAACAGUGGCUGAGGCAGAAGCUGAGGUUCCCGGAGCUUAGACUUUGUUUCGUUUGGGAUUUCCUGUCUGAAUAUGGAUUCUAGUCUUCUAAAAUUUUGCAUUUGUUUUAGUUGAGUUGUCAAAGGCGUGACCUACCAAAAUUUUUGGAUCCAUUUCUUUUGGUUAUGCUUGAUGUUAAACUAUUCAUAAUUUAAGAUAUCGUUUUUCAGCUAAA